AUGAAGCUGUUCCUGGCCCUGGCAGGGGUCCUAGCCACACUCAUUCUGGCCCCACUGUGUGAGGGCGCUGGCACAGCCUCCCCUAGGACAGUGGAGACCUCGGUCCUUCGGGGCUGCAUAACAGAGGCCAAGUUACUGGUGGAUGCUGCCUACAAUCAGACUCAGAGGAGCAUCAAGGAGCGCCUCCGUAGUGGCCUGGCCAGCCCCUUGGACCUCCUGUCCUACUUCAAGCAACCAUUAGGAGGCACCAGAACGGUGGUUCGGGCCGCUGAUUAUAUGCAUCUGGCCUUGGAUCUGCUGGAGGAGAAGCUACAACUCCAGGGGUCAAGUUCCUUCAAUGUCACUGAUGUGCUGACGGAAUCCCAGCUUCGGCUGCUGUCCCAGGCCAGUGGCUGUGCUCCCCAGGACCAGAAGGAGAAGUGCAGCAACAAGUAUCGGACCAUCACUGGGAAAUGCAACAACAGGAGAAGACCCUUCCUGGGGGCCUCCAACCAGCCCCUGGCCCGCUGGCUAGCAGCUGAGUAUGAGGACGGGCUGUCACUUCCCUUCGGUUGGACACCCAACAAGAGGCGUCAUGGUUUCCUCCUCCCUCUUGUCCGGGCCGUCUCCAACCAGAUUGUGCGCUUCCCCAAUGAGAAGCUGACCUCCGACCGGGGCAGGGCCCUUAUGUUCAUGCAGUGGGGCCAGUUCAUUGACCAUGACUUGGACUUUGCCCCUGAGUCCCCAGCCAGAGUGGCCUUCACUGCAGGUGUGGACUGUGAGAAGACCUGUGCCCAGCUGCCUCCCUGUUUCCCCAUCAAGAUCCCACCCAAUGACCCCCGCAUCAGGAACCAGAGUGACUGCAUCCCCUUCUUCCGCUCGGCACCCGCAUGCCCCCAGAACAGGAACAAAGUCCGAAACCAGCUCAACGCACUCACCUCCUUCGUGGACGCCAGCAUGGUGUACGGCAGCGAGGACCCUCUGGCCACUAGGCUUCGAAACCUGACCAACCAGCUGGGGCUGCUGGCUGUCAACACCCGCUUCAGGGACAACGGCCGGGCCCUGCUGCCCUUCGACAACCUGCGGGACGAUCCCUGCCUCCUCACCAACCGCUCUGCACGUAUCCCCUGCUUCCUGGCAGGUGACUCCCGAUCAUCGGAAACCCCCAAACUGACAGCUAUGCACACCCUCUUUAUGCGAGAGCAUAACCGGCUGGCUACGGAGCUGAGACGCCUGAAUCCUCGGUGGAGUGGAGAGAAGCUGUACCAGGAGGCCCGAAAGAUUGUGGGGGCCAUGGUCCAGAUCAUCACCUACCGAGACUUUCUGCCCUUGGUUCUGGGCGAGGCCCGAGCCAGGAGAACCCUGGGGUGCUACCGGGGGUAUUCCUCCAAUGUGGACCCUCGUGUGGCCAAUGUCUUCACCCUGGCCUUCCGCUUUGGCCACACCAUGCUCCAGCCCUUCAUGUUCCGCUUGGACAGCCAGUACCGGGCCUCAGCACCCAAUUCUCGUGUCCCGCUUAGCACUAGCUUCUUUGCCAGCUGGCGAGUCGUGUAUGAAGGUGGCAUCGACCCCAUCAUCCGAGGCCUCAUGGCCACCCCUGCCAAGCUGAACUGUCAGGAUUCCAUGUUAGUGGACGAGCUGAGGGACCGGCUGUUUCAGCAAGUGAGAAGGAUCGGGCUGGACCUGGCAGCUCUCAACAUGCAACGCAGCCGGGACCACGGCCUCCCAGGGUACAAUGCCUGGAGGCGCUUCUGUAGCCUCUCCCAGCCCCGGAAUCUGGCACAGCUUAGCCGGGUGCUACGAAACCAGGAUUUGGCAAAGAAGUUCCUAAAUUUGUAUGGGACACCUGACAACAUUGACAUCUGGAUUGGGGCCAUCGCAGAGCCUCUUUUGCCGGGGGCCCGAGUGGGGCCUCUUCUGGCUUGUCUUUUUGAAAAACAGUUUAACAAAGCCCGAAGUGGUGACAGGUUCUGGUGGGAAAAAAGGGGUGUUUUCACCAAGAGACAGCGCAAGGCCCUGCGCCAGAUUUCCUUGUCUCGAAUUGUGUGUGACAAUACUGGCAUCACCACCGUUUCGAGGGACAUCUUCAGGGCCAACGUUUUCCCACGGGGCUUUGUGAGCUGCAGCCGCAUCCCCAGGUUGAACCUGUCAGCCUGGCGAGGCAGAUGAGGCCUCUGCAGGUAAGGGAAGGCCCUCCUCCAACGGCUCUGGGCGGGGCCAGGCCUUUACAUCUUCCCCUGGGCCAGGUGGCUGAGUCCUUUAAGACCUCUAACAGAGACAAUACUUGUCACUACAGGCAGGGUAAUCUUCCCUAGUGGCUUCUGGUAUGCUAGCUUCAGGAUGGAUAGUUAAUCCAAGGCCUAGGACUUUGGGGGGCAGUUAGGAAGUGUCCAAUUAGCUUCAGCUUAGUCUUGGGGACCCUAAAAGAGCUCUGUCUGGAUACAAGCAAGUUCCUUCCUUGUCCACUUGUGCUGCUUCCACAGGAGCCCAUCCCAAGCCUCCAGCCUUAUACACAAGGGAACUUGAGGAAGACCACAAGGCUGCCUUUUACCCUGGAGCAACCACAUCUGCUGACGCUUCUGCUGGCUAUGGCUCAGAGCUGGUUCCGUGGCUGACAGCUGGCGCUCUUGACAGCAAUGAACCCUCCCACCUUGGGAGCCUCCUAGGUAUUUGGUCAGGCAUCAGCUGGCUCCCAGUGCAAGGAGGUCUUGAGGCUCAGGCAAGAAGAGUUAUCUGGAUGGUUUCCAGUCUCUUUUUCCUAUUUCCCAAGCCUAUCUCCAUCCCCCACCCAUGACUGCAGCCCACACCACACCCAGCCCCAGCUGCCCCACAAUCCUCUGCUGGAGCCUGCAGGUUGGGCAGUGUGCUCUGGUUGUACCAAUAAAGGACUGCUGAGGCCAAGAGCUGGUUUCUGCGUUGGGCUGGGGAGGGCAUAACUACAGUCCCAUGCUUUGCUCCAAAUAUUUAAGAGGAGCACUGCCAGGACACCACCAGCACUAACCCCUAAAUUUCUCCUGCGGGCUGACUUAACCCAAAGAGACACUCUGGAGUAGGAAAGGGCAGAAAG